GAUAACUGUCAACAGUUUAAGUGUCAAAGAAUUGUCAUACUUCUUAUUGCUGCAGGUCUAGUAAUUUGAGGUUACUUCCUUCGAAUUAUGCUGAAAACCCUUGCAUUUAUUUGAAAAUAGUAUUUAUUCGUAUUAAUAUAGGCGCUCAAUAUAAAAUUUAGUAACAAUGGCUACAAUAUCAAGUGCACCAGCGCCAGGCAUGCAGCAAAUUGAUUUAUCCAAGCUUAAUUUACAGCAGUUGGCUCAACUUAAACAACAAUUGGAUCAAGAAAUGUCUGUAUUUCAAGAUUCAUUGCAUACACUGAAGAUAGCUCAAGGGAAAUUUAUGGAAUCUGGUGAAUGUGUUGAGAAAAUGACCCCAGAAUGUAAAGGCAAGAGCAUAUUGGUACCGUUGACUGGUUCUAUGUACAUCCCUGGCUCAAUAGCAGACACUGAAAAUGUGCUUAUUGAUAUAGGUACUGGAUAUUAUGCACAGAAAGACAUUGCUGGUGCUAAGGACUAUUUCAAGAGGAAAGUUGCUUUUGUAACAGAACAAAUGGAAAAAAUUAAAGCACUAGGUGUAGAGAAGUCAAAGGUUCACAAAGCUAUCUGUAUGAUGAUCGAGAUGAAGUUGCAAGCUCAAAUGCAGGCAGCAAAGCCUUCAACCUCAUAAAUACAUAUUAUAUACUCCAAAAGAAACAAUUGCUUUACUAAUUUUAUAGCCUUGGGAUAAGGCUUGAAUAUUUAAGCAUUAGAAUCUUGGCAUUUACACUACACAACAUAUAAACAGGGUUGUACUGAUCACAAUUUUUAAUGAAGUUGUUAUCAUAAAAGAAUUGGGUUUUCAAAAUUAAUUGAAGGAAAUUUUUUACACAUUUGUAA